GCAGAGCGCGAGCACAGUGUCAAAGGAAAGACGGGUGUGAUUGUUUCCGCGGUAACAGCAGGAAGAAAACAAACAUGGAUGGGGUGCUGGACCCUUUCUCUGGACUCGACUCUUUCUCCUCCCCUCCUUAUUUCGACGAUGACGAGUUUUUCACCGACCAGUCCUCUCGAGAUGGACACUUGGAGACGGAUGACUUUCUGGAUGACGAAGUGGACUUCCUCUCGGGUAAUUUUCAAGACUAUUACAGCAAAGACGGCAGAGCACCGCCUCACGAUGGAGACUACGACAUCGGCAACCUGUCCUUCUCCUCUUCGUCCUCCGUCUUCUCCUACGGCUGCGCAGACAGCACGCCGGAGCUGUCUCCUCGGAUGGGCCAUCACGGCGGGCCGUUGCUGAAGCGCAGGAGGCGGAUGAGGUCUGAGAUGGAGAUGCAGCAGCUGAGGCAGGCGGCCAACGUCAGGGAGCGGCGGAGGAUGCAGUCCAUCAAUGACGCGUUCGAGGGCCUGCGCUCCCACAUCCCCACUCUGCCCUACGAGAAGAGACUCUCUAAAGUGGACACUCUGCGGCUGGCCAUCGGCUACAUCAACUUCCUGGCUGAGCUCGUGCAGUCUGACCUUCCUAUUAGAAACUCCAGCAGCGACAUGCACGCGCAGCCCAAGAAAGUAAUCAUCUGCCACAGAGGAACAAGGUCCCCCUCGCCAAGCGACCCCGACUACGGCCUGCCUCCGCUGGCCGGUCACUCGCUGUCUUGGUCGGAUGAAAAGCAGCUCCGGGAGCAGAACAUCAUCCGUACCGCAAAAGUCUGGACACCGGAGGACCCCCGAAAACUGCACAGUAAAGCGGGCCUCACAGACAUCGAAAACGAGCCUCCCUUCAACCUGGUGGCCUGAACAGCAGCACGAGCCUCGCGCCGUGGAAAUGUGACGACUGUAAAGUGUAUCACGCUAUUGUCUGUUAAUGUGAAAAAGGAGCAUGUGAGCUGAUUUUACAGUUUUACAUACGGGCCUCAGUGCUGUACAUAGUUUUAUCAUGUUGAUAAUUUUAUUUUUGUAAUUCAAGCAGCUGGCAAUCAUGUAUUUAUUUUGUUUCACAGGUGA